UCAGACCUGCAGCAAGAUGUUGGUGCCGGUGGUUUUGUUUUUCUGUCUGCUCUCUCUGAAUCCAGCAGCUACAGAAGUGGGUCUUGCUGGUAAAGUGCUUCUGUUCCCGUACGAGACGGAUUUCAGCUACGUUAAACUCACACCUAAAAAGCCAUUGGGCCUUACAGCGUUGACUCUCUGCAUGCGCGUCGCGACGGAGCUCCAGGGCGAGCGUCAGAUCAUUCUCUUCGCCUACCGGACGCCAGACUUUGACGAGCUCAACGUGUGGAGAGAGAAAGACGGUCAAUGCAGCUAA